UAUUUAGCAGUAUGUUCAUGUAUUCAAGUUUUUGGUUGCAGAGUGAGAAUUGGAUGAUGCUACAGAAUUAAUCCAUCACACAUGUGAGUCAGUGGCACUUACUGGCAAUGCAGUCUGUAUCACUGAGUCAGACACAUUUAAGUACAGUCUCCUUCUUCAUCCUUAUGUUUCUCACCUAUGAAGCCAAAACAGAAGGGCUAUCUGUCAGCUUCUCCAAAGCCAGGCAAGUCAGCAGGGCCCAAGGAAAAGCAAGGACUCCAAAAGGGAAUGUCAUGAAAAUGUGCAGUGGCAUAUUUCUCUUCUCUCCCAGGAAAAGGGAUGGAUGUGUGGACAGUGACUGGGCCAGAUACAUUGGACAAUCAGAGAACGGAGUGGCCAUCCUCAGAGGUGGGAAUCCCAGACUCAUCUGCCUCAACAGCCCUCUUUAUCAAUCAGAGAUUAAUGUGGGAUCUGGAGCAAGGGUUCCAUAGCUGAGGCAAGUCUCAGUUUUCAAUUGCAGUGGGAGAGGGGGCAUCCAGCUCAGUGAUUAUCCUUCCACCCCAUGACAUUUUCUUUCCCUUUCCUCUCCUACUGUCCCACCCAUUAAACGCUUUCCUGUAAACUUUCUCUUGAAAACCCUGACCAUAAUCCUGCUUUAUCCAGCUGAGAAAGGUGACUGGAGUAGAAGUCGAGAAAGGUCUUGAGACUGAAGAUCAUUCUUAAACAUUUCUUGGAUACAGUGCACAUACGUUACUCUGCAAGAAACUGUAAGAAAUAGAGCUGGACUGGCACACUGUGUGAUCGGUGCAUUGCUUUCAGGGUGACAGUGUAAUGCAAAUGGCAUUUCUGCAAUAUGGGAAUUCAAACAGGGAUCACUGCUUCCUGCACCUCUGUUAUGUAGCUCCUAAGACCAAAUAUAAGCAUGUGUUCUUUCAGUGUCAGGCUAUCGUGGUAUCAAUUAAUAUUAGGAGCAUCAAAUUCAGUGGAGCUGCUACCAAGGAUAGGAGGAUCACAAUAGCUAAAGAGCCUUAUGUGUGCUGUGUUUCUGCUAAUCCAGUGGCCUUAUAAAUCCAAUGGGUAUCUUUUGAAAGGAAGUUCAGAAGUACUAAGGGAUUUCAGCUCCUAAAUGUUGCUGAGCUGGCUUCACAAAGUCCAUCAGCAGUCAGUGCAAUGUCCACAUCAGGCUCCCAACUAGCUUUGAUGAUAAAGGCAGUAUUUACAUUUUCCCAGAUCACUGUAUCAACUUCCAGCUUUCUCUUCUAUUUACUAGCAGGUAAGAGGUAGCUCUGUAUAGUUAAGCAGCUUAGCUUUUAAGGGCUGAUGGUAGCAUUUCAUAUGGGUGUGGAACUCUAAACAAGCACAACAAUUAGGUCUACUUGGAACAGCUGAGACUAACCCUGGUGUAUGUAAACAGGUGGGCAGGAUGAAUAUGAUACAAUAAUUAUAGGCAUCACAUUAGUCUCCAAAAGAAGUACCUCAAAUAAUCACACUAAAAGAAUAAUAAUUAUUAAAAACAAAGCAAUUCAAAACAAUUAAAUGUAUCUAGAGGAACACAGUGUGUUUUCCCAUCUAAUGACUUCUUGUGUUUCUCAUUUUCCUUAUUUUUACUGUCGUGUCUCUUUGUUGUCAUUGUAAAGACCUCUGGCUUUAAUGCUCAUACAAUGAUAUCUUUGAUGGAGAAGCUUUAUCUCACUUUUGCAUGUGUCCAGUAACACUAUACAUCAACUUUAUCUUCUCUGCUCAAGAGGAAAGCAAUACUAUCAUAUCUUCUCUUCAAACUGACUUGACAUGGAAUGACGUUUAUACAACAGGCCUCACAAUGGCCACUGCAGUGAUUUAGUACACAUUUGCUGUGUGUCCACAGACACAAUCACCAUCAUAGAUGCCAUUUGUUCCAUGUACUAUUGCAGCUGUUGUUGCAAGCAGAAUAGAGGAAGGAGGAAUACUGAUGACGUGACAACUCAAGCUUUUGAAGAAGGCAGCAAAAAGAGUGUUGAUGUGAUAAGCACUACCAGUGCCACACUGGGCACUAAGCUGAGAAUGUGGCUUGGGAUCACAGUUCUAAUUUCUCUUGCUGUAUGUUUGGCUAUGGAGGAGGCAACUGACGAGGAAGGAACCCCUUGCUCAAAGCAUCAGCUAGCUUUCAACCACUCAUGCUAUGAGUUUGUUAGACUGCAGCGUACAUUCACAAGUGCCGAGAGGUGGUGUGAGAGAGGAGGGGGGCACCUUGUCUUUAUUGAAAAUGAGGAGACUCAAGAAUUCUUGCAGAAACAUAUUGCUGAGGAUCAGGAAUGGUGGAUAGGACUGAUUUCAGACUCCUUGCUGAAUGAAACUACUGACGGGUCAAUUAUUUGGCUGGACACCUCAAAUGUAAGCUACAGUAACUGGUACAAGGAUCAGCCAUCUCCUUUCUCAUCUGUGUGUGGAUACAUCCUGAAGAAUGCCAAGUAUCAGUGGGGUGUGACUGAAAACUGCAGCCAGGAAUUUGACUUCAUCUGUGAGUUUGAAAAUGGCCAGAGCAUUGCUUGUGAUAAUUACAAUGCCACCGUACAGUGUGGAUCAGGAGAAGUUAUUCAAAUCGGAGAGUCAUUCUAUGGACGGAAGACCCCUCACUACUGCAUAUUGGAGACUCCUCCCCAGAACGACACGGAGGAAGAAUGUAGCUGGAUCAGUGUCAAGGAAGAAGUGGCAGGACAGUGUCAUGGUCUUCAGGCCUGCCAAGUGGCAGCGGAUGGCACUUUCUUUGGAGAUCCAUGUCCAGCUUCUGGAAGCUAUUUGUCCAUUCAGUACCACUGCAAGGAGGGUCUGCAGCUGAUUGUAACAGACACAUGUUUUAUCUUUGAAAACAUCACAAUCACUUUGAACUGGCUGCUCUCUCCAUACUCUGGCAACCUUUCCUGCAUCAUUAGCACUGGAGAUGGCCACACUGUUGAUCCUUACUACCCUCUAACACUGCUCAGCAGUGUCACACAUAGAUAUGCAUCUCCUGGGGAGUUUGUUGUUUUUGUGGAAUGCAGCACCAGCGAAUGGCACGUGACAGCACAGAAGCGGGUGAUGGUUCAGGACAAGAUGGAUGAACUAAGCAUUACUGGGUGCUACAGCCACCGUGAGUCUGGGAACGGCUCUCACUGCCGAACGCUGUAUGGAGAGCUGUUGUGGAUUCAGGUUGAACUCAAUGGAGGUAGUGGAGUGACGUACAUUGUAUUAGCAAAUAACAUGACACUUAUUGAGUCCAGUGCAGAGGAAGGAAUUGCCCCUCACAACCUGACACUUGACAGUGCUGCUCAAGAGCUGCUAGGCCCUGGGGUACAUCAGCUGCAAAUCCGAGUGUCCAGCAACACAACUGCACCAGAGAUCUCGGAGAGCAUCACUGUUCACUUAAUUGAGCCAGUGUCUGGUCUUCAGGCUGCAUUAGCUUCUCACACGCUGCAGCUGGGGGAGAAUUUGGAGAUAAAUGUCUCUGUGGCUCAUGGUGCCCCAGCUAGGAUGAGGUUUGAAGUGGUCGGAUUGAAUGAAACUCAUGCUCACCAGGAAGACUGCCCUCAAGGGGAACCUCAAACAUACAUCAUUCCCAUGCACUCUGAAGGUACAGCAUGCUGUAUUUUCCUAGUGAAAGUGGUGGCUAUGAAUGCUUUCUCAAAUGUGAGUCUGGACAUUGGAAAAAACAAAAUACAUAUUAAACCGAGUCGCCACGUGGAUCCUUUCACAACUAUUACUCUUGGUUGGCCAGAUAACAAUGAUAAUUCCAGUUUUCUCUGGUCCUGUGGAGCUUGCUGGCCUGAAUGGGAUGAAUGUGUGCAGCACCAGAUAAUCCUCACCAGCCAACAAGAGGUGCAAAUCCCACCCUCCUGCCUUCCUCCUCCGAAGUCAGCAGUGACUGUGAGGGUCACAGUGCGAAGCCACGGGAAUGAAGAGAGGCAGGAUGAACAAUGCCUCUAUGUGACUGCAAAACAAGAUCUACAGCUAGAAAUCAGGUGUGAGGCAAACUGCAAGCCAGUGAAUGCAAGUGAGGAAGUUGUUUUGAGUGUGUCUGGACAGAAGGACUCUCAGGACAUGUACUAUAACUGGUACUUAGAUAACACAUUCCAAAACAAGUCUACACCCCUCCCUCCAGCCUGCAGCCUGACUGGUUUCCGUCAGAACUCUUUGAGUUUGCUUCAAAGCAACACAUCCACGUUGAUAAUGAACAGCUCCUUCUUGCAGACACAUGGAGAAGCUUUUCAGAUUAAAGUAACAGCACUGACUCAGCGUGCUUACGGGGAACAAACCUACCUUGUCAGCACCGUGCCUCCGCCCCAGGUCCCCAGCUGUGCCGUGUCUCCCAAGCAGGGAUCUGUGCUCACCACUUUCACAGUCUCCUGCAGCACUCCAUGCUCUGUGGAUUCGUGCCAAACAAGUCAUAGCACACAGCUCAACUACUGCUUCUAUCUGAACUCAAGUAACAACAUCUUUCCUAUUUCAGAUUCUCUCCUGCACUGUGGCCCAGACCCUGAACUCUUCCCAGUUUAUCUUCCACUUGGAGAAGAGGAAAAUAAUUUCAUCUUACAUGUGACAAUUACUAUUAGCAACAGUUUCGGUGAUACAGUUCACACCAAUGCUUCGGUGAAGGUACCCAGAAGAAAUACUUUAUUUCAAGGUGUUAUACAAGCAGAUACAAUCGAUGGGAACCUGACCCUGCAGACCAUUGUAUCUGAGAAGGCAAACACCAUCCUAAAAGAUGGGAACAACAGUAUGAGUCUUUUCCAGCUGUUUAAGUCAGUGACUUCAGUCCUUAAUCAUGAGACCCAAGAGGAAAACUUUAACAUAUCUUUACAGACAGACACACGAAAAGAGCAAGCCCGGCUGUCAAUAUAUAGCACUAUUUGCACAGUCUUAAUUAGCAUCUUAAUCUUUCGCCUAAUUACCCCUUUCCAUUCCAAGCUCCGAGGGCUAAUGCUGACAACUCUCUCUGCUGUUAAUGUAACAUCAGUACAAACUGCUCUUAAGAUGUCAGAAGUACUGAAAGAAAUCACUUACAGGACUGAAGAGCUGUCUGUCUCAGCACAGGUGGAAGCCAGCAAUACACUGAAAGAUGUCAGUGCUUCCUUGCUCACUGUAAACACGGAGGACAGCAGAGAUGAUCAGAAACUAACGGAUGCAGCCAGCUACCUAUUUAAUGCAGUGAGCAAUGUCCUUCAAGCCUCCAUACAAAACAGAGCCAUGAACACUACAGUGCCUGAGGCAGAACAGGUAAUUUUGAUUCAGCCCAGUUUUUCAAGGAAGACUCAGAGUUUGGUGUCCCACCAGCUCCUGAAUACAGUUGAAAAUCUGCAGAGUGCCCUUCUGUUUGGGAAGGAACCAGAUGAUGAACCCAUGGUCCUUACCACUCAUUCCGCCACGAUGUAUAUAAACAGAUUACAAACAGAAAAUAUGGAUGGUACAUCCAUUAAUAUCUCCAGUUCCAGCUCUGCCAGUUUUACUCUCCCAACUGCUUCCUCUCUUGGCAUUUCAGGAGUUGAUGAUGAAACAGUGGAUAUAAGGAUGGUGAGCUUUGCCAUGAAUCCCUUUUUCUCCAGUGACACCAGUUUUGACAUCAGUGGAACAGUGGGAGGUCUAAGUCUUACUGGUCUGGAUGGCUUGAUCAUACCAGUCAGCAAUCUUAAAGAAAACAUUGAGAUAAUAUUACCAAGGCAUUCUGCACCCCAGGAAGAUAGGAUUCAGUUGAACCUGAGCAAUUUUAGCAUUUUCCAAGUAAACAUCACCUCAGAAAACACCUCAAUAGUGAUUCAGCUGGAAUGUGAACAAGACAUUCCGCUAAUACUCUACUUAGGAUAUGGUUAUCGCCCAAAUGAAACUAACUAUGACAUGAAAAGUCAUCUGUUCUAUAAGAAAACUACUGGAGGUGAAACAAAUACCUGGGUUCUUAGCCCUGAAGAACUCAUUUUUGGAGAGGGAACUUACUAUUUGAUGGUUUCACAAGACAUGGGAAUGGAUUCCACUGUCUAUGAUGGGCUAGCUAUAGCUGUCACUUGCUUUGCAUCCCGCUGUGUAUUUUGGGAUGAGCAGCAGGGGAACUGGAACAGCUAUGGAUGUCAAGUAGGACCAAAAACAAAUUCUAGAAGCACACAGUGUCUCUGCAACCAUCUGACCUUCUUUGGGAGCUCCUUCUUUGUCAUACCUAAUGCUGUUGAUAUUAGUAGAACUGCACAGCUAUUUGGUACAUUUGUAGACAACCCCGUCGUGGUGACCACAGUAGGAUGUAUCUUUCUGAUAUAUGUGCUUGUAGUUAUUUGGGCCCGAAGGAAAGACAUCCAGGAUGAUGCCAAAGCAAAAAUCACAGUGCUGGAAGACAAUGACCCCUUUGCUCAGUAUCGUUAUCUUGUGACAGUUUUCACAGGACACCGACGUGGGGCAGCCACAACCUCCAAGGUGACACUCACUCUCUAUGGACUAGAAGGAGAGAGUGAGCCACAUCAUCUAACUGAUCCUGACACACCAGUGUUUGAACGUGGAGGAGUGGAUGUUUUCCUACUCUGUACUCUCUUUCCUCUUGGGGAAUUGCAGAGUAUUCGACUGUGGCAUGAUAAUUCAGGGGACAAUCCAUCCUGGUAUGUGAAUCGAGUAUUGGUACAUGACCUUGCGUGGGACCAGAAAUGGUACUUCCUCUGUAAUUCCUGGCUAGCAGUUGAUAUUGGAGAAUGUGUCCUAGAUAAAGUGUUCCCAGUAGCUACAGAGCAAGACAUGAAGCAAUUCAGCAACCUGUUUUUCAUGAAGACCUCCAAGGGUUUCCAGGAUGGGCACAUUUGGUACUCAGUUUUCAGCCGCUCCCCACGAAGCUCCUUCACACGAGCCCAGCGCGUGUCAUGCUGCUUCUCACUGCUGCUCUGCACCAUGCUGACCAGCAUCAUGUUUUGGGGAGUGCCAAAGGAUCCAGCUGAGCAGAAAAUGGAUUUGGGUCAGAUUGAGUUCACGUGGCAGGAAGUGAUGAUCGGCUUUGAAAGCUCCCUCCUCAUGUUCCCCAUCAACCUGCUCAUUGUGCAGAUUUUCAGGAACACACGACCCCGGCCAGCCAUGCAGGGCACAGAAAAGAAGCCAGGAAAGAAUGGCCGAGUGUCCCCAAGCCUACCUCCUGCCCCACCGGUCACCCCAGCCAUCUCGCUCACUCCAGAGGCUGUAACAAAGGACAUAAGAAGAAUUGCUAACUCGCUCUUUAAAGCCCUGAAGGCUCCAUCACUGACCUCAGUAUCAGAUCUCGGAAAAUCAACCAACAUCAACAUGCUUUUGGCAUUGGUUGAAGAUAUCAUUUGCCAGCAGAAUAGAGCUGGGCAAGAGUUUUAUGAUGAAAACAAAAAGAAGGAUGACUCUGUAACUGUCACACUAGGUCCUAUGGAUAUACAAGAAAAAACAAGAAGCCCAACUCCUGAAAAGGGAAUGUGUGAGCGACUGAAGUGCAGCGAUUACAACCGUUGCUUGUACAUGCAACUCCAGCAGGUAGAGAUGGAGCUCGAAUUACUGGGGCCACAUAAAUUCCAGAUGCCUCAGAGUUAUACUCAAGCAGUUCGGCAGGUUCAGCACAUGAAGAACCUCCUGCAGAACCAGAUUUGCACGUCAGCAUCCAUCAGUGAGAGGUGGUCACUUACUCCAAGCUUCUCUGGUGAUGGAAAGAAAAGUUCUUCUUCAAAAGGGCUGCCCUGGUGGUUUGUGUUCAUUGCUUGGUUCCUUGUUGCAGCCACCAGUGGUGUAUCUGGGUUCUUCACUAUGCUCUAUGGGCUGCAUUAUGGUAAGGAGAACUCCAUCAAAUGGCUGAUCUCCAUGGCCAUCUCCUUCUUUGAAAGUCUUUUCAUCACACAGCCCUUAAAGGUGCUGGGAUUUGCUGCUUUUUUUGCUCUGGUUCUGAAGAAGGUGGAACAUGAGGAUGAAGAAAACACUGCCAUUGAUGGACCUUUACCUGCACCAGGCGACUCAAAUCCCCUCCUUGGAGCCCGACGGGACAGCAGAAGCAAUAUUUACCAGCCACCUCCUGCAGCUGACGUCGAGAAAAUGAAAAUCAGUUGCAUGAAGGAGCAGAAGGCAUUUGCCCUAAUCAGAGAAAUCCUGGCCUAUCUGGGGUUUUUAUGGAUGCUAUUACUGGUUGCCUAUGGGCAAAGAGAUCCCAAUUCCUAUUACUUAAACAAGCAUAUUGAGAGCAGUUUUACAGAAGGAUUCCAUGAUGUCUACAGUUAUGAGGAUUUUUUCACAUGGGCAAAAACUACCUUAGUCAAAAAUCUUUAUGGAUCAUAUAAAGGGUUCAUUACAGAUGGGAACUCCAAGCUGGUGGGCAGCGCUCGAAUUCGCCAAGUGAGAGUGAAAGGAGACACCUGCCCUGUUUCACCCACCCUCCAGCGUGUGAUUCAGGAAUGCCAUGCUCCAUACUCCCUACAAACAGAAGACACAUCAGACUAUGGAGAACACUGGAACACUUCGGUCUUUGAUAACUCCUCAGUCUUGAGCUCAGCCUGGCUUUAUCAGAACCAGACCAAAUUGAGAGGGCAGCCUGUCUGGGGCAAACUGGCCAUCUAUGGGGGAGGGGGAUACGUGAUUCACCUGGGAACUGAUCCUCAGAAUGCCUCCAGAAUUCUCCAGUACCUUUUCAACAACGUUUGGCUAGACACCUUCACAAGAGCAGUGUUUGUUGAAUUUACAGUCUACAAUGCCAAUGUGAACCUGUUCUGCAUUGUAAACCUGAUGUUUGAAACCAGUGCCUUAGGGGCCUUCUUCACAAGUGCAGUGCUGCAGAGUGUCCGGCUCUACCCAUACACCAACAGCCUUCACAUUUUUGUUGUUGCUGCAGAAGUUAUUUAUUUCCUCUUUAUCGUCUACUACAUGAUCGUACAGGGAAAACUGAUGAAGACUCUGAAAUGGAGAUAUUUCCACAGCAAGUGGAAUCUCCUGGAGGUGGCCAUUAUAUUGAUUAGCUGGAGUGCCCUGUCAGUGUUUGUGAAGAGGACAAUUCUUGGGAGCCGAGACAUCAGCUACUACCAGGAACACAAAGAGGACUCUGUAAGCUUUAAUGAAACAGCAAGAGCCGAUGCAGUUCUUGGCUACCUGAUUGCUUUCCUCGUGCUCCUCUCCACAGUGAAACUGUGGCAUCUACUGAGGCUCAACCCUAAGUUACACAUGAUCACCUCCACUCUAAGGAGAGCAUGGGGUGAUAUCUCUGGAUUCAUCACUGUUAUUGCAAUCAUGUUCCUCGCCUACUCCAUUGCUACAAACUUGAUAUUUGGCUGGAAGCUCUGCUCUUACAAAACUCUCUCUGAUUCAGCAGAGACCAUGGUCAGUCUUCAGCUGGGAAUCUUCAACUACGAGGAGAUCUUGGACUACAAUCCGAUUUUAGGUUCCUUCUUGAUUGGAUCCUGCAUCAUUUUCAUGACGUUUGUGGUGCUGAAUCUCUUCAUUUCAGUGAUUCUGGUUGCUUUCAGUGAGGAGCAGAAGCACUACCAGGCUUCAGAAGAGGAGGAAAUUGUGGACUUAAUGCUCAUGAAACUCUUCGGUUUCUUUGGGAUUAAAUGUAAGCAGGAAGAGAAGACGGGCUGUAACGAUCAGCCAAAGCACCCCGCCAGCAAUUAGCGGACAACCAUAACGAAAAGCUGCUUUGUUUGCGUGCACAAGAUCGCGCUUUUUAACUGCCGGCUGCGACGGGCAGACUCGGCCGUUGCGCUUCUGACUAGAACGCUGUACGUCGCCUUCAACAAACUCUUGCAGCCUGAUGCUUUGUAGCUAAAGACUCGCACGAAACGUGAAAUAAAGCAUCCCAUGUGCACCGCCUGCGGGUUGGCACCUGUAGUUAAUCGACACCGAGCGCGCGUCGCGUCGCUCGGCUCACGGCGCUCGCUUUCAGCCAAGCGACCACCCCUGAAGACGGCGGUGCAGCCGGCCGUGCC